GGUCACGUUUGCAAGUGGCAAGCGUCAGCGAGUGCAGCCGUUCAAGCACGACAGGUGCCGUGUUGCCGUGUUGCAGUGUGUUACGUUCUGUAUCUGCUAACUGGUAAGCCGAAGCCAGCUGAACAAGCAAGGUACGCUACAUCUGCCAGAUCCAGCGAGCUCUGCGUAGACCGUUUGUUUGUCGAGAUUGUUGGCUUGCGCAUUAAUUAAUCGGGAACCCGCGUUUGAAGUUGGAAUGGUCCUCCCGCGGAACGACGUCCCGGACGACAGGGACUGGUCGUGGUCAGCUGAUUGAGAGCGUCAGCUGUGAUUACAGUGGCGAGUUGUGACCCUCCAAAGAAUAUUUAUUAUUUUCUCGGCAUUUGCCACAUUCCUCUUCGUGCCAGCGCGUUGCCCUUCUGAUACACGUAAGAAGUACAGGUACAGGAGUCGACGCUGAUUGAUUAGCCGCGAAAAAUCAUUAUCACGUGCACUGUAAUACCUGUGCGUGUACAAUCAGGAUUAUCGGAAUUCCUGUAUAAUUUUUACUAGUACUGGACUGCCUGCAUCUGCCGUUCGAUCCAGCGGGACCCGCAGCGGAAGUGCCAGCAUUCCUUUUAUUAAUUGUAUUUUCCACGGUCGUUGUUGUCGAUCACGCGCUCCUUGCGAAUCAACAGCGGAAGCAGUGUGCAUUGGUUAGCGCCAUCGCCAUACAAGUACACUGCCCGGCGUUAUAUAAUUGAAUAAUAUUAUUCGGAUUAAAUCACCGGGCUGACCUUUCGGGAAUACUUUAAACGACUGGAGGCCGAUAGCGUCGAUUGGCAGGUGGUUUAUCUUAUCGGCACAAUCUGAUUAUCCCUUAACAUUCACCGCAGGCAUUUACGUUCCCAGCGACCGAUAACCGCACUGCGCUGAUUAUCAUUUUUCUGUUCCUGCGGAUUUGAACUGGCGGCCCAUUAACGCACACACCGAUAAGGAUAUCAGCCGUAUUAAUUUUUACAUUGAACGCUGCCACAGCCGGAUCGGACGAGGGACGCAACAACACUCCGUGGAAAUUCGAAUUACGCUUAAUUUAUUAUUACAGCGUACGGCUGAAGCGCUGAUACACUAUCGGAUUAUUCCCGCACCGCGUACUGUAUUAUCGGUGCACGCUCUACCUGAUCUCGUCAAUCCGCAGCCAUCCCUUCACCGGCAAGAGCAGCUGCCGGGAUUAUCCGCAAUAAUUGCCGGGGUUAAGCUGUUAUAAUCACUAUAUCACACUCACACCGCACCAUGAUCCUGAACCCGGCCAAUCCUACCGCACCGCUGCAGCACGGCGUUAACCAGCCUCCGGCCGGAUCGAUCGCCUCCGGCUUGCGGCUGCAGCACCUGCACCCGCCGGCACAGUCGCACGUGAACGUGUCAUCCCUACCUGCACAGUAUCCCUACUAUCCCACUGCCAACCAGCAGCAGUCCGCCUUCAGUCACAGCAGCGCCUUCACUUCCGGUGCGCUUCGAUCGGGCGUCAGCUGCUGCUGCGGCGCCGCGUCCAAGGUGCCCUGUAGUCUGCACCAGAACGCGCCGAUGCCGCCGCCUUCGACGGAGAAUUGCCAGACGGCGCACAAGCUGAAGAGUGGACAGUGGCCGACGUUCGGCAAUUUUCAGUUGCCGGCCUAUCCGCCCAUGAACCACUCCCUCCCUAAAGGACCCGCGACGGCCACGGCGGCCCCGGGGGACGGGCGUCCUUCCGCACAAGGCGGGCAGGCACAGGGGCGUCUGCCGCAGCCACAGGAUUUGGACGUGCAGCGCAUCCUGUGGAGCCAGGAUGUGGACCUGGGCGUCAGCUUCAACUGGCCGGAGCUGGCCGCCUUCCCGCCGCACAAGGAGGCCGCCGGGCAGACGAAGGAUCCGGCCAAAGCCGAGCUGGACCCGUAUCUGGUGGCCACGGUGCUGCCGCAGCCGCAGCUGCGGGGAUUAUCCCGCAACAACUCCACCAACUUCAUCGACAGCGAGACAGGUGAGGCGAUGCCGCUGUCCAACUCCGUCCGCUCGUUGUGCGCCACGGGCAACGGCACCGCCGACCCCCUGCCCAGCCAGGGCUUGAACCGCACCGGCCAGCCCUUCUGUCCGCCGCUGAACGCCUCGGCCAGCGGCAAUUUGACGGCCCUGGAGAUGGACAUGGAGAACCGCAAUCUGCAGAACCUCAUCGACGCCCUCAACAACCUCAACGCCUCCACGCUGCAGGCGAUCGGCGGACGGGAAGCGGUGGUGCAGGCCAACGCCGCCGAGGACUUCCUGCAGGACAUGCAGGCCAUCAUCAGCGACCGACCGGCGGAGCAGGCCUCCUUCCUGGCCAAUCUGACGCUGCCGUUCUUCCGAGAACGCCAUCAGAAUCAGACGGGCGCGAAGUCCAGCGCGGAGGCCAACGAGCUGGCGGCCUUCAACCUCAGCAGCAUCUUCAUGGAUCCCCCGGCCAACUGGUCGCUGGCGAUGAGUCACUUGCAGCAGCAGCCAGCCAAGACUGAUACCUAUCGCUUUCCGCCCAACCUGGGUGUGAAUGAUUCAGCGGCGACGCAGUCCAGCGCCAGUGCCCUCCCGCCGCGGCCCCGACUGAUGACGAAUGUGUGCCAGGAGCGCGUCCCCGGCAGCGGACUGGUGUCGCACGUGUCGGGCGCGGCCAGCGGCGGCAGCAUGCUCAGCGCCGCAGUCAACCAGCACGGCGCGACGGGGCAGGCCCGCCCCGGCGCCGGCAUCAACCACGAGGGCCCCUUCGACUUCAGCGCCUUCCCCUUCCAGGACGGCGAGCCGCUGCUGCUCUCCGACGCCGGAUUCCUCUCGGCCGCCACGCCCAUGGACACCCUGUCGCCCAAUUUGCAGCAGGUGCCGCAGAUGAACGGCGCCGCCUUCCUCGAGCACGCCACGCUCUUCGACUUUGGCAGCGCGUCGUCGGAAUGGAACCAGAGUAGUGGGAGUAGUGUGCGCGUCAACGGACUGUCGUCCAUGAUUUCCGAAUCGUCCGAUUUUAAUAUCACGAAUUUGGGCGGGUUUUUCCCAGCGGUGAACAGCAGCGGCAACCUGCUGCCGCCGCCGAUGAGCAACGCGAGCUCCAACGUGAGCAACGACUGGAAGAUGAGCGAGCAGACGCCUGGCACGCUGCCGACGCUGCACAACGCCUCGGCGGAGGUGCUGAUGAUGCUGGACGAGGCCAAGGUGCGCUUGAUGAUGGAGGAGGCCGAGAAGCUGGCCAGUUCACCGUUGGCCGGGGCGCCGCCGCCCGCCGCGGCCGAGGACAAGCACGUGGUGCCCGAGAUCAAGCAGGAGGACCUGGAGCUCGAUCCCUGGACGGAGCACGCCAACUUCGCCGCGCGCCACAAUCACUCGUACGCGCGCCAUGAACGCACGCUGCAGAGUCGGGAAAGCAGCGAGGAGAUGGGGAGCGCCAGCGCCGCCGAGAGUUCCGGCUCGACGCAGGGGCGCAGUCGCGGCGGCUCGGUGUCGAUCACGGGGGAGCUGCGCAGCCGGCCGAACCGCGACGACCGCGCGGCCUCGGAGCUGGGCCUGCCAGUGUCGGCGGAGGAGAUCGUCAACAUGCCGGUGGAGGAGUUCAACAGCCUCGUCAGCGGCCAGGGCGCCGGGAUGGGGCUGAGUCUGGCGCUCAGCCAGGAACAGAUCCAGCUCAUGAAGGACAUCCGCCGCCGCGGCAAGAACAAGGUGGCCGCGCAGAACUGCCGCCGCCGGAAGAUCGACAACAUGAGCCACCUGGAGCGGGAGAUCUACAACCUGCGGACGGAGCUGUCGCAGGCCACCGCGCGCCGCGACGAAGCCGCCCGCCAGCGGGAGGUGUUCCGCGCGGCGCUGGCCGGGCCCGGGCCCAGCGUCAUCCAGAGCAGCAGCAGCCAGGCGCCGCACGCGGGCGGCCAGCAGCACCAUCACGCGUCGGUGUUGGUGGCCAACGUGCAUGCCAAUGCUCAAGCGGACCAGUCCAGCAACAAGCGCGUCGCCCGCGAUGCCGCCUCCGACCCGCUGCGCAAACGGAAGAAGGACGCCUGAGCCGAUUGAUGAUUAAAUCUUUAAUUUUCUUUUUUUUGUUUUCUGGUGGUGAGCGGCGCGUUGUGAGGGACGCGGCAGUGGAAGGGGGCGGGGAUAGUUGAUUAUGCGGAUUAGAUUCGUUUUACGGUUGGUUUUUUGAAGAGUUUUAUUAUUUGGCACCGCAGCCGACCCGAACGGGCCGGAAAUGGGGAUUCAAAUUCGUGAGGUGUGCUGACCUUUAUGUUUCACGUGUUGCCCUGUUCGGAUAUGGUGUUGUGUGGUCUUCGCGUUGUACAAAUAAUUCAUCUGGCAUUAAAAGGCAUUAUCACUG